AGGCUGCGUCAGGACAUGGACAACAAGCGCCUCAUCAUCAAGAACCUCAAGAUGGCGCUCGAGAGGCUCGACAUCACCGACAACAUCGACGUGCGGAUUCAGCAGGCGGAACUCGAGUACCAGCUGGGUCGAGAGGAACUUAACCUCCUCACGCUGCUGGAGGAAAGCCGAAACCUGCAGCUCUGCCUGGAAGACGCCGACCAAAACCGCAACAAGAACGACGCCUCUACCAUCUACAGCUGUGUGAGUGGUUCUAACCACGUGACCCUGCACGCCUUGGAACUGAACUACGACCCCAAGAGUCCGAGAUUCGGUGCUGGACCUUCGGAAGACGCGCCCGGACUUUACGUAGAGUGGGCUACAGAGGAUUCGGGCAUGGUCAAGGGGGACAGGUUGCUCGAGGUGAAUGGAAAGCUGGUACUGACAAAGACUAAGGAGGACAUGUUGCGCCUUCUGGCUGUGACCCCAGAUCCCGCCCUGCUGGUCGUGAUGCGAAUGCGUCCAUCGAAUUCAGCAUCCCUUCUGCCCACAACGGCCAUCAUCCACCAACACGACCAUUCACGGGAACUUCUGUUGCUCCGUGAAGAGCUGGGUACUCUGAGAGGGCGCGCAGAAGAUGCAGAGCGUGUCAAGGACAGCUUCAGGAGUGACAACCUCCGUCUGACACACAGGAUCUCCUACUUAGAAGAACAAGUUGCAGAACUCUUGCAGAGAACAACAGAAGAAGAAAUUAUGUCACAUGCUGUAACAGAAAGUUCCGUUACCUCAUCACCUUCAGCGUUAUCAAACGGAUCUCUGAAGGGAGCCGGCUCAACAAAUACACCUGCGAAAGCUUCCACAGGCAAACCUGACGUUCAGGUAUUCCAGAAGGGACCACAGGUGACAGCACUGGUCGCAAAUCUGCCCGGACUCGAUGUGGGAAGCAGCAGUCCUGCAGAGUCCCGACACAGUCUGCCCACACUGAGACCCAAACCAAACGCUCCAAAUACAUCUCCAGGUGCAACCACCCAUCAUUACACCAUCACAAAGAACCAAGAUGUGUGCAGUACAAAGUCCCUUGAUUUUGGAUCAGACUGUUCAUCUUCUAGAGGGAUGAACCAUCAUCGCCGACACGAGAGACACUCGCACCACCGCCACCAUCAUCACCAUUUGCAGAAUGCAUGCAGUACCAACUCACUUGAUACGAAGAAAUCUGAUGGUUCUACUACACUCCAGCCGAAUACCAAACAUCAUUCUCAUCACAGAGUCUAUGAAGCAACGAGGAUCGCCAAACCUGGUGAACGGUGCGGAUAUGAUUAUAAUUCAGAGACUUCUUCUGGCAUUGAUCAUUCAAAACAUUACCACAGAAGACACUCAGAAGGACACUACCAGCAAUCUGAAUCACAUCAGUUACUUCUGGACAUGAAAUCAAAAUUAGAUCGCACUUCUGACUCACCCUCAGGAAUCCAGCACGUUCAUAAAUUACAUGAUGUUCGAAGUGUAAAAUCUCUGGAUUUUGAUUCCGAGACAUUAUCAACAAAUCAGCACCACACUCACGAAAGGAACAAUCAGCAAUCAAAUCCUCACUCUCAAAACAACCAUGACACUCAGAGCACAAGAUCUCUGGAUUACGGUUCCGAGCCAACAAGCCAUACGACUCUUCGCAAUUACAGGAAACAUCACAACUACCACAAUGGAAAUAGCAGCUGUACUGAGAGCAAGCCCCAAAGACCCACACCACCAAAGAAACCUCUACGAUUAUCUCUACACAGGGCAACAAGCUUGCAGUCUGUCAGUGCCGCCCCACAGACACCUCCGGCACAACCGGACUACAAGAAACCAACAAAACGAAAUCACAAAGGUGAAGCCCCACUUGCACCUUCUGUGGUCCAGAUGAACAAGGAACCUCCUCAGCCCCCACCACGGACACCGUCCCGGGCAGAAUCGUGUCAGUCGGCCCUGAGGUGGCCCUCGCCUGGCACUGUCCUGCAUCAGGCUGUCACGCUUAAGACAGCACGCGGUAGCACACGGCUCUUAGGAGGAAACGCAGAAGAGAAGUGGUGCUAGUUCUAAGAGGGACUUAAGAUCCUCAUCGCCAUGAAGAAUGUAAAGCGGUGUCUGCUGUAUGAGAUUUCUGUUCGCAAGAAAUAGACCUCAAGACCAUUUAUGCAUGCAAAAUAGCAAGUAACUUGGAUGAUUUGUCUAAUUCGUUCUGC